UUCUGACGUCAUCACGUGCUGAUAAAAAUGAAUUUGAAACGGGAUGAUUUUAACAUCUGAUAUGAUAAAAACGCUUUUCGCCAGAAAUUAAUAAUCAGCUAAGGCGUGAAGUGGGAGGGUAUGUUAUCCCGUUAAAAAUAUCGACGAUAAACUCUUGGCAUUGGAUGUAUUGAAGGGUUAACGGAUUUAUGCUAAGUUAGCAUUUAGCUUCGCCAACAACGGGAAACCAAAGGUCUUCAAAUGUCUUACUGGGUUUGCUGCAAUUCCUGCUUUGUUUCUCCCAGUACUGACCGAAAGCUGGCUAUCACCAGCUGUGGCCACGUCAUAUGUAGUGCUUGUUAUCAGAAAGGCAACCAAGGGGAAUGUUUAAUAUGCAGCUCCCAAUGCCAGGUGUCACCACUUUCUGACAAAAGCAGCUCUGGUGUAAAGGCCUUGUUCUCUGACAUCAAUGUAGUUGCAACUAAACACUUGACAGAAGUCAGCAAGGUUAUAAUGUUCCAGGCAAGGCAUCAAAAGAGGCUGUUGACCUAUUAUCAGCAA